AUGGCCAACAACUCAGAUGUUGUCGACCAUAUUGUCGCCACUUUGGAUGGCGUGAAUCUGGAUCAAGUCGAUUCUGAUCCCGGCGCCCGCAUGCGUGUCAUUGAUGCUGCAAGACGAAUGCUUGCACGGGUCGAAACACCCUUUGAAAGGAUGUGGCAUGUGGCACAAGUCAACAUCACUCUCACUGCAGCCUGUCGCAUCCUGGUGGAUAUCGGGCUCUUCGAGGCGUGGCGCGAAGCUGGGGGUAAAGAUGCCUUGCUAAUGGAAUUAUGGGAGCUCUGCAGGAUUCACUGUGAUAUGGCCUUGCUGCGUCGCCUGCUCCGUCUGUGUGUUGCUGCCAACAUGAUUGAGGAGGUAGAUGAGGACCAUUACCGGGCGACCGCAUUCUCACUUGCCUUGGGCAUACCUGGAGGGCCAGUGGUCGAAUCUCUGAAUGGAGCUUUUCAUCACACCAUUCCGUCCACCUCAAAUCUUCCAAAGUGGCUGGCCAGGAACCACUACGAGGCACCUAAUGAUCCUAAGAACACACCAUAUAUGGAUAUAUCGCCUGGAAAACUCGGCAUCUUUGAGACCUGGGCGAAGGAACCCUCGUUGCAGGCUAGCUUUAUCGGCAUGAUGGUUGGCUUUGCUGAUAUGAGAAUGGAUUGGACUGAUAUUUACGACACCGAUCGGCUUGUUGAGGGAUACGACUUUGGGAACAAUGAUGGGACCUUACUCGUCGACGUUGGUGGUGCGCAAGGUGUAGAUGUCAAGCGUUUGCUAGACAAACAGCCCCAGAUUCCACCGGGCCACAUUGUCCUUCAAGACCUACCCGACGUCGUUGGAGCCGCUGUUGUCGAUGAUAGGGUGGAGAUUACGGGCCACGACUUUUUCAAAGAACAGCCAGUCAUAGGGGCUCGAGCCUAUCUGAUGCACGCAGUUUUGCAUGACUGGGAUGAUAUCGAAGCGCGUCGUAUACUCAAACAUGUUGCCAGAGCUAUGAAAGAAGGCUAUUCGAAGCUUCUGAUCUGCGAUGUGGUCAUUCCCCCCAAGGGUGCAUCGCUAUACCAGGCGGUGCAAGACGUUAGCCUCUUGCACCUCUUGUCUGCUGCUGAGAGGUCCGAGUCGCGGUGGAUUAAGCUCCUGAAACGUGCCCAUUUCGAGGUCGUGAAAUUCUGGACACACGAUCAAUCCCCUGAAUGUGUCAUUGAGGCUCAGCUGGCUGCCGCAAAAACGCAAAACAAGCAGUCAGGAUCUACGGAUAGUGAUGAGGACUGA